AAAUUUUUAACUGGAAGCGUCAUGCACAAGCCACUGUGGGAAAAACGUUUGAAAAGUGUGGCAACCUUAAAAUAUCCGCGGCAUUUUGGUGAGAUUAACUCUGAUUAAAAUGGAAGACUUUGAAAAAAUUGAGAAAAUUGGUGAAGGCACUUAUGGAGUAGUAUAUAAGGGGCGCAAUCGCCUAACUGGCCAAAUUGUCGCUAUGAAAAAAAUUCGAUUGGAGUCUGAUGACGAAGGAGUUCCUUCCACCGCUAUAAGGGAAAUCUCGUUACUAAAAGAAUUAAAACAUGCAAAUAUAGUUUGCCUAGAAGAUGUUUUAAUGGAAGAAAAUCGGAUCUACUUGGUAUUCGAAUUUUUAUCAAUGGACCUAAAAAAAUAUAUGGACUCCUUGCCACCUGAAAAGUAUCUUGAUAGUCAACUGGUGCGAAGCUACUUGUAUCAAAUAACAGAUGCCAUUUUAUUUUGCCAUCGUCGUCGGGUGCUGCAUCGCGACUUAAAACCCCAGAAUCUUCUUAUUGACAAAAAUGGAAUAAUUAAAGUUGCCGACUUUGGACUGGGCCGAUCUUUCGGAAUACCCGUACGCAUAUAUACCCAUGAAAUUGUGACAUUGUGGUAUAGGGCUCCAGAAGUAUUGUUGGGCUCCCAGAGAUACUCAUGUCCAGUUGAUAUUUGGUCAAUUGGAUGCAUUUUUGCCGAGCUUGCUACUCGGAAGCCACUAUUUCAAGGUGAUUCCGAAAUAGAUCAAUUAUUCCGAAUGUUCAGAAUUCUCAAAACACCCACUGAAGAUAUUUGGCCAGGCGUAACUUCGCUGCCCGAUUAUAAAAAUACAUUCCCAUGUUGGUCAACAAAUCAAUUAACUAAUCAGCUUAAAAAUCUGGAUGCUAACGGCGUGGACCUCAUUCAAAAGAUGCUUAUUUAUGAUCCAGUUAAUCGAAUUUCAGCCAAGAAAAUUUUGGAGCACCCUUAUUUUAAUGGCUUUAAAAUUGACUUGGCUACUUCAGCCUAAGAUAUUUGCCUUUCCACAUGAACAAUUAAAAUUAGUCAUAAAAAUAAAUGUACCAUAUAAUA